AUGGCUGAUAUCACUGAUAAGACGGUCCAGCAAUUGGAAAAAUUGAACAUCCAGGAUGAUCAACAAACUGCUCCAAGUGCCUCUGAGUCCGAGACUUCCAAGGUUGAAACCUCUUCAGCAUCUUUGUAUGUUGGUGAGCUAGAUCCAUCAGUCUCCGAAGCUCUAUUGUAUGAUAUCUUCUCUCCAAUCGGUUCUGUUUCUUCCAUUCGUGUGUGCCGUGAUGCCAUCACCAAGACUUCCUUGGGUUACGCUUAUGUGAACUUCAAUGAUCACGAAGCUGGUAAGGCUGCGAUUGAAAAAUUAAACUACGCUCCAAUCAAAGGUGUUCCAUGUCGUAUUAUGUGGUCGCAGCGUGACCCAUCGAUGAGAAAGAAGGGCUCUGGUAACAUUUUCAUCAAGAACUUGCAUCCAGAUAUCGACAACAAGGCUCUUCACGACACUUUCUCUGUGUUUGGUAACAUCUUAUCAUGCAAGAUUGCCACUGACGAGGCCGGCAACUCCAAGGGCUUUGGUUUUGUCCACUUUGAGGACGAGGAGGCUGCAAAGGAGGCCAUUGACGCUAUCAACGGUAUGUUGUUGAACGGCCAAGAGGUUUACGUCGCUCAACAUGUCUCUAGAAAAGACCGUCAAUCCAAGAUGGAGGAGGCAAAGGCCAACUUCACCAACGUUUACGUUAAGAACAUUAACCCUGAGACAACCAUGGAGGAAUUCGAAGAGUUUUUCUCCAAGGUUGGUCCAAUCACUUCCGCUCAUUUGGAGAAGGAUAACGAGGGUAAAUUGAGAGGUUUUGGGUUUGUCAACUACGAGAGCCAUGCGGAUGCCGCAAAGGCAGUCGAGGAAUUGAACGAAACUGAGUUCAAGGGUUACACUCUACAUGUCGGACGUGCUCAAAAGAAGCAUGAACGUUUGCAGGAGUUGAAGAAGCAGUACGAAGCCUUCAGAAUGGAGAAAUUGGAAAAGUACCAAGGCGUCAACUUGUUUGUUAAGAACUUGGACGACAGCAUCGACGACCAAAAGUUGGAAGAAGAAUUUGCUCCAUACGGUACUAUCACCUCCGCUAAGGUUAUGAGAACCGACAACGGUAAGUCCAAGGGAUUUGGUUUCGUUUGUUUCUCAACUCCAGAGGAAGCCACUAAGGCAAUCACCGAAAAAAACCAGCAAAUUGUCGCUGGCAAACCAUUGUACGUGGCCAUCGCUCAGAGAAAGGAUGUUAGACGCUCUCAAUUGGCCCAACAAAUUCAGGCCAGAAACCAGAUGAGAUACCAACAGGUCACCGCAGCUGCAGCUGCGGCAGCCGCUGGUAUGCGUGGCCAAUUCAUGCCACCUAUGUUCUACGGUGUUAUGCCUCCAAGAGGUAUGCCAUUCAACGCUCCUAACCCACAGCAAAUGGCCGCUAUGGGCGGUAUGCCAAAGAACGGUGUCCCACCUCAACAAUUCAGAAACGGUCCAGUCUACGGCGUUCCUCCACAAGGUGCCCCACAACAAGGUAACUUCAUGAGAAACGGUGCUGGUGCCAACCAGUUCUACCAGCAAAAGCAAAGACAAGUCCUGGGUGAACAACUAUACAAGAAAGUCUUUGCGAAGACUUCCGAUGAGGAAGCUGCCGGUAAGAUCACUGGUAUGAUCCUUGACUUGCCAUCUCAAGAAGUUGUUCCAUUGUUGGAGAGCGACGAAUUGUUCGAUCAACAUUUCAAAGAAGCUUUUGCUGCUUACGAAUCCUUCAAGCAAGAGCAAGAACAACAACAGCAACAACAACAACAACAACAAAACUAA